GCGGCCGCGGCAUAGCGGCUCAGCGGCGCGGCGCGCGGCCCAGAAGCGUUGGAAUCCUGAAUCGAGACGCUACGCCUGAAGACAGCAGGAGUGGCGGGGCCUCCGCCGUCACCGGAGAGAUGAGCCGGGAAGCCUGAGGCCGGAGACGCCCGCCCUCGGGCCCGUCAGUCCGGCUGCACCGCUCCCGGCUACUGGAAGAUGAAAGAGACUAUACAAGGAACUGGGCCUUGGGGGCCUGAGCCUUCAGGACCUGGCAUAGCCCCAGCUUACUCAAGUCCUAGGCGGGAGCGUCUUCGUUGGCCGCCACCCCCCAAACCCCGACUCAAAUCAGGUGGAGGGUUUGGGCCAGAUCCUGGGUCAGGGACCACAGUGCCAGCCAGACGCCUCCCUGUCCCUCGGCCUUCUUUUGAUGCCUCAGCUAGUGAAGAGGAGGAAGAGGAGGAGGAUGAGGAAGAUGAGGAAGAGGAAGUAGCAGCUUGGAGGCUGCCCCCCAGAUGGGGUCAGCUGGGAGCCACACAGCGGCCUCGCCCUCCCCGCCCUACUCAUCGAAAAAUCUGCUCACAGCGCCGUCGCAGAGCUAUGAGAGCCUUCCAGAUGCUGCUCUACUCAAAAAGCACCUCGUUGACAUUCCACUGGAAGCUUUGGGGGCGCCACCGGGGCCGACGGCGGAGCCUUGCACACCCCAAGAACCAUCUUUCACCCCAGGAAGGGGGUGCGACACCACAGGUGCCAUCCCCCUGCUGUCGUUUUGACUCCCCCAGGGGGCCACCUCCCCCUCGGCUGGGUCUGCUAGGUGCUCUCAUGGCUGAGGAUGGGGUGAGAGGGUCUCCACCAGUGUCCUCUGGGCCCCCCAUGGAGGAAGAUGGAUUAAGGUGGACUCCAAAGUCUCCUCUGGACCCUGACUCGGGCCUCCUCUCUUGUACUCUGCCCAACGGCUUUGGGGGACCACCUGGGACAGAAGGGGAGCGAAGUCUGGCACCCCCUGAUGCCAGCAUCCUCAUCAGUAAUGUGUGCAGCAUCGGGGACCAUGUGGCCCAGGAGCUUUUUCAGGGCUCAGAUUUGGACACUGCAGAAGAGGCAGAGCAGCCUGGGGAGAAAACUGGCCAGCAUAGCCCCCUGCGGGAGGAGCAUGUGACCUGCGUGCAGAGCAUCUUAGAUGAAUUCCUUCAAACUUACGGCAGCCUCAUCCCCCUUAGCACUGAUGAGGUAGUAGAGAAAUUGGAGGACAUUUUCCAGCAGGAGUUUUCUACGCCUUCCAGGAAGGGCCUGGUGCUACAGCUGAUCCAGUCAUACCAGCGGAUGCCAGGCAAUGCCAUGGUGAGGGGCUUCCGAGUGGCCUAUAAACGGCAUGUGCUGACCAUGGAUGAUUUGGGGACCUUGUAUGGACAGAACUGGCUCAAUGACCAGGUGAGGAGGAGAGAAAUAGGCCCAAGAGGGGAUUCAAGGAGCAGGGUGUCGGGGGCCCUCUUCAUGGGUGAUCCUUGUACCCAUGUCACACCCUCCAUGGCAAGUUGCCUCCCAUCUUCUCCACAGGUGAUGAACAUGUAUGGAGACCUGGUCAUGGAUACAGUCCCUGAAAAGGUACAUUUCUUCAACAGUUUCUUCUACGAUAAACUUCGUACCAAGGGUUAUGAUGGGGUGAAAAGGUGGACCAAAAACGUGGACAUCUUCAAUAAGGAGCUACUGCUAAUCCCCAUCCACUUGGAGGUGCAUUGGUCCCUCAUCUCUGUUGAUGUGAGGCGACGCACCAUCACCUAUUUUGACUCGCAGCGCACCCUAAACCGCCGCUGCCCUAAGCAUAUUGCCAAGUAUCUACAGGCAGAGGCAGUGAAGAAAGACCGGCUGGAUUUCCACCAAGGUUGGAAAGGUUACUUCAAAAUGAACGUGGCCAGGCAGAAUAAUGACAGUGAUUGUGGCGCCUUUGUGUUGCAGUACUGCAAGCACCUGGCCCUGUCUCAGCCAUUCAGCUUCACCCAGCAGGACAUGCCCAAACUUCGACGGCAGAUCUACAAGGAGCUGUGUCACUGCAAACUCACUGUGUGAGCCUCGUAUCCCAGGCCUCAAGCUCAUUCAUUAAUGGGCAGGGGGACAUGGGAGACCCUUCCUUCCCAAGAAACUCCAAUUCCUUUCCUCUCUUGCCUCUCCCCACCCAAUUCCCUUUUAUUUUUCAUAUUUAAAUGUUUUAAUUGAUUUCUGUAUUUUUUUUUCCUUUGAGAGAAUACUUGUUGAUUUCUGACAUUCAGGGGGCAGCCUUGGAAAAGCCCCUUUUUCCCUCUACAGGAGAGGAUGGCCUUGUGGCUGGGUGGGGCAGUGAUCCCCUUCCACGUGUAUGGGUGGUCCCAGGGAAAUCUGUGCUGGGGGUGGUGGGCGGGCAAAGGGAUUACUGCCUGCCAGAUCUUCAAACUUUUUUUUAUAUAUAUAUAAAUGCCACGGUCCUGCUCUGGUCAAUAAAGGAUCCUUUGGAGAUACAUAGUGGUGGUCUU